AAUAUUAAGACCACCCGCAAUGGGGGAUUUAACCCAAUCCUUAGCACAAAUCCUUGUGCAUUUGAGAUUAAAAUAAUAAUAAAAAAAUUUCUGUAGCUAAGGAUGAGUCCUUAAUUAAGUCUUUUAUGGACCUGAUCCUUACCAGAUCCUUGAUGUGUUGGCGACGUAUGAUUCGUCUUCUACUUCUUUUCUUUUUUUUUGUUAAAGGGUUUCGUCUUCUACUUCUUCUUCUCCGAUCGAUCUAUUUUCUCAGUCUCCAAAGAUUCUCCUCUCUUCCGAUUUUUAUAGCAGCGAAGAAGAUUUGAUUUGGUUUUGAAUGAUCGACGAGGAUUGCUGAUGGCUACAGGUCGCGGAUUUGCAUUUCGGAAUGGGGAGCAUUACUCGAUGCAGAGACGUGACGGAUGCAGAAUACGAUUACUGUUCUGAUCUCAAUACCACUCGGUUCCUUCGGAGGAUGAUUGAAGCUGAGAGACCCGAUCUCAUCGCAUUUACUGGUUUCUGAAGCAUCCCACGCUCGCCGCGGUGGGAAACGGCUCGUCAAGAAGAUAGGGGAUAUCAGUGGAUGAUCCGGUUCUAGCUAUGGUUUGUGAGCCGGUAGAGAGAGCAAACUCAAACCACUUGUUCACUGCAGGACUUGCCGAUAGCAUGGGAGUUAGGAAAAAGCCAAUGCGAGUGUAUAGCGUGGUGAAGUAUGCAGCGAUUGCAUGUGGAGACGCUGAGGUGUUCAUGAAGUUUGCGCAGUCGAGGUACAAGGAGAAGAUAUGGGCCCACGCAGCUGGAGUGGUGAUUGUGGAAGAAGCUGGUGGUGUGGUGACUGAUGCUGGAGGGAGAAACUUAGAUUUCUCAAAAGGAGUUUACUUGGAAGGUCUUGACAGAGGAAUCAUAGCGUGUUCUGGUCAAGUUCUGCAUGAUAAGUUUAUAGGUGCUGUUAAUUGUAUGUUUGCUACAAUGCAUCACAUGUACGUUUGCUACAAUGCAUCAAGAGAAGAAGAAUCUAAGGUAUGUUUGCUACAAUGCAUCACAUGUACGUUUGCUACAAUUCAUUGUUCUUAUGCCACAGGUUGGGGCUUCAGCAGCUUAUUUAGAGACUGGUUUAGUCCUAGUUAGACGUUAUGUCACUCUAAUGUUCUCAUCAGUACUUAUCAUUACUUGGCUCAAUUUCUGGUUUGAUUUGGGUAUCUUGGACAGCAAGUAACAUCAACUGAAAAAUGAUUUCAAUUGUCUUUUUAAAUUUCUUUUUAUUUUAUUUUAGGAUUCCAAAUUGGGAUACACCAUUGUAGACAAUUUUUUGCAAUGAAUCCUUAACUAUUUAAACAAAAAAACAAAAACAAAAAAAUUAAUAAAAUAUGGCUAAGGAUUCCACAAUGGAAUCCACCAUUGUGGAU